AUGACCCUCACGGAAGUGACCACUGAGGACCUCGUUGAACAGGAUGUGGCCGUGGAGACAAACAAGGAGAGAAAGGAAGAGGAACAACGUCACACCAGGCAUCUUCCGAGGUACCAGCCCCCAGAUCCACUCAACUCAUUUCAGCAGAGGCUCCUCCAAGCCGUUGAGAGGGAUGCAGCCCAACCUGAUGCUCACAGGAAGGAGGAUGAAGAGACCCUCUUUGCCAUGAGCCUGGUGCCAACCCUGAAGAGGCUACCUCAGCAAAGAAAAGCAGCAGUCAAGGUUAAAAUUCAUCAGCUGCUUUUCGAAGCAGUAUUUAGUUAACAUAAAUCUCACCUUCUAUGGUGUUAUAUUAUGUAAUGCAUGUAUGUGUUGUUUUUCUCUUCCCUUCCAGAGAUGUAGUCAAUUUAGCCGACCAGCACACAGGAGGGACAGGAAGAGGAGAGGAGUUGUCUGGUUGUUGUUUUGA